AUGCACUUCACUACCGUCCUCACCACUGCGUUUGCGACCCUCGCCUCUACCGCAGCAGCUGCCCCCAAGACAGAAAACUUCGCAACAGCCAGCGUCUAUGCCUUCAACCGAGACCAGAACACUCAUAAGUUCGUCGACAUACCUUUCGGCAAGCUCACGCACAUCGACUACCAAAUCACCGAUCUUGAGCUCCGCGGCGUUCAGUUCCUUCUCCCCGAUGGCGAGAAGAUCGACCCCGACAAGGUGACCUGUCAGAUGUACAAGGACAGCCUUGGCACCCAACCUGGGAGCGCUGCUUUCACUAAGAAGACUCCUGCUCAUAUCAGCCUCUUCAACCCUGUUCAGUUUGGAUGGGUUCUGUGCUAUGUCAACGUUAAUAGCGCCUAA